GUGGGGUAUGUUGGGGUGGGUGGCAAUAUUGGGGUGGUGGUGGUGGGGGGGGGGGGGGGAGAGAGAAAUGAAUGAGCCUUGCUCUUGUGUACUAUUGCAUCAAAUACAUUCUUGAAAGCAACCUGGUUCUGCUUAACACUUGAAUUUUUUUAAAAGAAAGGCAGUCGCUUCGAGAGAGGGUGUAUGCGCUUUUUCCUUUCCUUUUUUUAUAUUCUUACAUUCCUGGACACCAAUCAAAAGAGCAAAUCACGGGAGGUGGAAGAGAGGGGAGAGGGAGAGAGCAAGAGAGAGAGCGUGGUGAAAACUUUGCGCACAUACUAAAAAAAAGAAAGAAAAGAAAAAAAGUACAGACAGCUUUUCCCACCUAACACCCAGCAAACACAAACCAAAACAAAUAGGCAGAAGGGAGUGGGGAAAAAAGAGAGAAAGAAGAACGGAACUGAACGGAACCCAGGGCAGAGCCAGCUGGGGAGAAAGGCAAUUUUUCACUCCGCAUCGGGGAUUCUGCAGUGAUUAUUGGGGAGAACCGUUUGCCUGCUAACCCACAACGUCGCCCCCAGCCCACACUCUGAGUCUACUAUGCUAUGUGUUGCUGGGGGGAGUCCAGGAGAUUCGUGGGGGAUCCUUGCCUUCCUGUGUGCCACGCUCUGGAACCUGCCUGUGGUGCUCGCACUGAACAGCACGGACCAAGGGACCACCAGACACUCCAUCCAGCAGAUGUACGACCUCACUCGCUAUCUGGAACACCAGCUGCACACGCUUGCGGCCUCUUAUCUCAACUACUUAGGGCCGCCUUUCAAUGAACCAGACUUUGACCCUCCCCGGACAAUUGGGGCAAAAGCCGUGCCAAGUGCUACUGUGGACAUUCAGGAGUGGCACAGCCUAAACGAUAAUGCACGGCUAGCGGCCAAUUACCAGGCAUACAGCCACCUGCUGUGCCACCUUAGGACCAUGGAUGGAGCAGAUGCGGCUGCCGUGCCAACUUUGCAUCACAGCCUGGCCCACUUUCGUGCCAGCCUGCAAGGGUUGCUGGGCUCUAUUGGUGGCAUCAUGGCAGCCCUGGGCUACUCACUUCCCACUCCAGAGCCUCCGCCUAUUACGCCUAAGCCUGUUCCUCCUAACUUCCUGCGCAAAAUGGAUGACUUCUGGCUACUUAAAGAGCUGCAGACCUGGCUGUGGCGCUCGGCCAAGGACUUCAACAGGCUGCGCAAGAGGGUGCCACCUUCUGCUGUUAUGCUGCGUCUUGAAAGCAGGCGCUUCUGACCCUUGUCCCCUGCCACUCUUUCUUCACCUCAUCCGCUGUUGCCAUAACAGUCACUCAAGGGCUAGAGGUUCCCAAAGCCUCCAAAUUCAUACAGUGUCCUCCUUACCCAUCACAUACACACACUCUCUCAGGGCUCUUCCACACAACCAUAUAACCCAGAAUAUCAAGGCCGAUAAUCCACAAUAUCUGCUUUGAAUUGGAUUAUCUGAGUCCACACUGCCACAUAAUCCAGUUCAAAGCAGAUAAUGUGAGAUUUUAUACAGCUGUGUGGAAGGGGCCUCAACUGUUAUAAAAAUUGUACCACCCCCCC